AGAUAAAAAAUUGGAAAACAAGGAGGGUUUUAUGACUUUAUCGUUAAACCCCAAUCCAAAUCUUCGCGACCGGAAACAGCACGAGAAACUGAUAAUAGAUUGAGCCGAAGAGAUAAGGCUUUGAGUCUCACAGAUGGAGCCCAAGCUUCUUCUUUCUGCUCAAAGACCCUUGUUUGUCUCCUGCAACUCACCUUUCAAUGAAAAACCUUACCUUUCUGUCAAAUCCCGUUUGCCCACGUCCACAAUUCGAGCUGCGAGGUCUCAGUUUAUGGGGGAAGGUUUGAUUUUGGGGAACAAAUAUGGGUUUUGGAGCGCUUCGAAGAAAACCCGUGUUGUUGUUGAGCCUGUGAGAGCUGCUGUGAAGAGAAGGAAAGAGCUUACUUUCGAUAACGUUGUUCAAAGGGACAAGAAACUGAAAUUAGUGUUGAACAUUAGGAAGAUUCUUGUGAGUCAGCCCGAUAGGACGAUGUCUCUUAGGGGUCUGGGCAAAUACAGGAGAGAUUUGGGUCUGAAGAAACGUCGUCGGUUUAUAGCUCUGCUUAGGAAGUAUCCUGGUGUCUUUGAGAUUGUUGAAGAAGGAGCAUAUUCAUUGAGAUUCAAGAUGACAUCAGAGGCUGAAAGGCUGUACCUCGAGGAAAUGAAGAUUAAGAAUGAGCUUGAAGAUGUAUUAGUUGUUAAGUUGAGGAAAUUGGUGAUGAUGUCGAUCGAUAAGCGGAUAUUAUUGGAGAAAAUUUCUCAUCUGAGGACUGAUUUAGGGCUUCCUUUGGAAUUCCGAGACACGAUUUGUCAGCGUUACCCGCAAUAUUUCCGUGUGGUUCCUACGCCUAGAGGUCCAGCUUUAGAGUUGACUCAUUGGGAUCCUGAGAUUGCAGUGUCAGCUGCUGAGUUAUCCGAGGAGGAUAAUAAGGCUAGAGAAUCAGAGGAGAGGAAUUUGAUUAUCGAUAGACCGCCUAAGUUCAAUAGGGUUAAGCUUCCAAGGGGUCUCAAUCUUUCAAAGAGUGAGACGAGGAAGAUAUCUCAGUUCCGUGACAUGCCUUAUAUAUCUCCUUACAAGGAUUUCUCCCACUUGAGGUCGGGAACACUAGAGAAAGAGAAACAUGCUUGUGGGGUUAUUCAUGAGCUUUUGAGCUUAACGACUGAGAAGAGAACGUUGGUGGAUCACUUGACUCAUUUCCGUGAGGAAUUCAGAUUUUCGCAGCAACUAAGAGGAAUGCUUAUAAGACACCCUGAUCUCUUCUACGUGUCUUUAAAAGGGGAAAGAGAUUCGGUAUUCUUACGAGAAGCUUACAGGAACUCUGAGUUGAUAGAUAAAGAUCCUUUAACUCUUGUGAAAGAGAAGAUGCGCGCGCUUGUUUCUGUACAGAGAUUCCCAAGGAGGGAAGGACCCAAGAGAGAGGAAGAUGGAAGAGACGAACAGAUGGAUGGAAGCGAUGCAGAGGCUGAGGAGGAGGAAGAAAGUGAUGAUGAAGAAUGGUCUGAUGUUGAUGGUUACUUGGAAGGUGAAGGUGGUGGCAAUGAUGACGAAGGUGAUUGGACUGAUGAAGAAGGAGAAGAAGAAGAAGAAGAUGUGCCUCCUAACUUUGAUGAUGAUGAAGAUGAAGAAGGGGAAGGUAGCGUGAAGAUUGGAUUGAGUCCUUCAAGUAGAAAGUCAAGUAGUCCUAGAAAGAAGGAAGAGAAAGUACUUACUCCUGUGUUCCCUGAUGGUACUCCAAGAGAAAAGUGGUAGAUCAUUACAGAUUAGCUCCAUCAAAAAUGUUUACUUGUCUUGUAUGAAUCAUUCUUAAAGAUGAAACACUAAUAGCUCAAGUUAGCUUGGGAACUCACAAGUUUAUGUAUGUUGUUGCUUCGUUGUAAGAACACUUGAGAAUGAUAAUUAAUCUUUCU